AUGACCAAGAUUCGACAAGCAGCCAGCAGUUCCUCCAUUGCUCCAGCACAACUAAUUGCCAACGAAAUUAGACAAAUGCCAGCUGCAAGUCAAGGUCACAUGCCCCUGGCACAUAAUAUAAAACGAGGUAUACGAAAGGUCAGAGGCGUGACCACUGGGUCACUUAUCGUUCCUUCCAAAAGGGAGGACAUCAAGUUGCCUGACUCCUUUAAAAUAACUUCAAACAACGAGAAUUUCCUGGCAUUUGAUAGUGGGUCACAUGCGGAUCGAAUAAUGAUCUUCUCGACUGCCCGUAACCUAGAAUUUUUAUCUCAGUGCAAUGUUUGGCUUAUCGACGGAACUUUCAAAUCUUCGCCCGUUCUUUUUGACCAACUUUUCAUACUACACGGGAUGGGUAAAGAAAGCACAUUUCCUCUUAUCUAUUGCUUGACUCCCAAUCGAACAUCCGGCACAUAUAUUCGUCUUCUUUCGGAAAUCAAGAAACUUCAGCCUAAUUUGGACCCAACAACAAUACUGGGUGACUAUGAGAAAGCCUCAAUAAGGGCAAUGGAGGACAUCUUUCCACAAGCAGAGAAAAAUGGUUGCUUUUUCCAUUAUUCGCAGUGCAUAUUUCGUAAUAUCCAAAAACACCCGGAUAUACACAAUUUGUACAGCAAUGACUCGAACUUCUCACUUAUGAUGAAACACUUAAGGAGCUUAGCAUUUGUUCCCCCUGACGAUGUGGUUAUGUCGUUUGACCUUCUCAUGGAAGAUGAAUUCUUCACAACGAAUGAAAUCAUGUUGGCCGAGUUCAUUAACUACUUUGAGCGCACUUGGAUCGGGCAAUGGAACCGUGGCAGGAAUGUUUGGUUGGAGCCUAUAUUCUCUAUAAAAUUGUGGAACUGCUUUCACGCAGUUUUACAAGGUCUUCCUAAGACAACAAAUGCGUGCGAGGGAUUUCAUCAUGGCUUCGCUACCCUUUUAGGUGCAUCCCAUCCAACUAUUUUCAAACUUAUACAAGGGCUCAAGGAUCAACAAACAUUGACCGAACUUAAAAUGAAUUAA